CUCCCACACCACCACGUGUACUCUUCCAAUUGGCCCCCUCACCAAUACUCCCGCCAUUAUAAAUUUUCCUCCCAUAACCGCACUUCGCUAACGUUCCCGAUCAAAUUCAUGAGUCUUGCCGUUUCCGAUCGAAAGAGAGAAAAUUUCAGAGCAAAAAUGGCGGCAGUUCAAAUGCAGAGAGUCGCAUCUCCACCACCGCAAUCGGUUGAGGCGCCGAAGAAGAACAGAAUUCAGGUCUCCAACACCAAGAAACCACUCUUCUUCUACGUCAAUCUCGCUAAGAGGUACAUAGAGCAGUACAACGAGGUUGAGCUCUCUUCGCUUGGGAUGGCAAUCACCACGGUUAUCACUAUUGCGGAGAUUUUAAAGAACAACGGCUUGGCUAUCGAGAAGAAGGUGUCUACAUCUACCGUUGGAAUGAAAGACGAGAGUAAGGGUCGCCUCGUGCAGAAGGCUAAGAUCGAGAUUGUGCUGGGGAAGUCUGAAAAAUUCGAUGCCAUAAUGCAAAUGAAUGCUGAUGUACUUGCUGCAGACUCGGUUGCGACCGAGGGAACAAAAAAAUGAUAACGAAGCAGUUUCCGUUGUUGCACAUUCUUCCUUCACUAUCUGCAGAAUUGUAAAGAUCUUCUCUUUUUGUACCGUUUCCUUCUCGAAUCUGUAAAUUUUUCAU